AUAAAAUAAAAACUAAAUAUAGAAACACACAAGUUGUGUGAAUGAGGAAAUUUUUCACAUCCGCCAAGAAUGGUAUAUGUAUGUUUUUUCUCUUCUGUAUACCGGAGUUUGUGAGUAUUUUUCGGGAUUGAGCACCAAGGAGGGGGAAGGGGGAAGGGAAAUUAAAUUGCAAGGAAAUGUGCUGUGUGUGCAGCAUGUCUUGCUGCAAACCCCAAAGACUUAACAUUCACCAGAGGCAACUCCGAGGGGUCUCUGAAUGAAAAUUGUUGCGGCAAAAGGGGGAGGAAGAAACUGUGCCAGAGGAGGUUCCUAAACAGGAAAAUCUUUCUAUAUCUUGAUGGUUUAUUUUUUUGUUCACUUUACUUUUACUCCACAUGGCGUAUUUCUAUACUUUUUCCUGCAAAUAAAAAUUGCAAAUGCACCGAAAAAAAUAAAUAAAAGUCACCCCGGAAAAUAAAAGCGGAAACGGAACUUGAAGACAUGAUGAUUAUAUAUUUUAUACUUGUGCAAAAUCCAGCAAAUUUGCGUCAUCAACGCAUCCUAACUACGAUGCCAUAGUAGCAUUGCAUACAUAUGAGGGGUGCAAUUUAUGCAAAUGUGGAAAUUCAGAAGGCAUUUUAUUCAUUUGAUGUUCCUCCUUUGACUAGUUCACUGCAACCGGUUAUGAUUGCACAUAGCAAAAUUCUAUAUGCUGAAAGUUACACUUCCGAAGAAAUUAAAUUAUAUAUUAUGUGUGUGAAUGGCUGAAAUUAUGCUCUGUGGCCGUUUUAUGUUUUGUGAAGGGGAAAACUAUAGGAAUUUAAUGCAGUAGAUUAUUAUUCUAGGAAGACUAAAAGAAUAAAAUAAAUACGUUGGAAGUUUUUAAGGCUGUUUUUGGGAAUGAAAUAAGUCAGUAGCGUAGGAAAGGUUUUAAUGUGUUAAACAUCUUAAAAAUUGAAGCACUUUUAGUUAUUUUUGAAGUCAAAUAUUUUUUUUCAUCUUAAAAUUAAAUUAUGAAUUAACAAGGGGAUUUUUAGACGGUAAUACUAUAUGUACGUCAAAAGUCAGGGAAAAAACGUUUUCACACGUUAGAAAAAAAAACGUCAAAGGUAAAGAAUAGAAAAUAAAUGUCAAGCCUUGGAAAGUAAUUUCGUUAAACGUUAUAAAGAAACUUCAAACGUAAGACAAGAAACGACAUUAUGUGCUAGAAAAAAAGCAUAAUCAAACGUUAGAAAUGAAACUUCAAAUGUUUGAUUAAAAUACAGAAAGAAACGUUUUCAAACGAUAUAAAUUCAACAUCAAAUGAUAGUGAAAUAAAAGUCAAUUCUCAGCGGAGAAAUGUCAAACAUUUCAAGAGCAAGUUCAAACGUUAAAAUUGCCGAAAUAAAUUCUCAAAAACUUCUAAUUUUGUUGCACCAGCCUUUAAUAUGGUUAUGGCCUCAUUAAAUACGUCUCUAUAUUUCUAAAUUCAUUUUUUACGUCCUUUUAAAUAAAAAAAAAUCCUAAAAAUACCAUGAAUAGAUUUCACAGCUACGCCCCUGUCCAAAAAAAAUUUUCUUUUAAUUGGAAAGGAAAAUUAUAUGCAAUGAUAAAAUUUUAAUAUUCUUGUAGUUCAGUCCUUACAGGUUUUAGUAUCAUAAAAAAAUAAUAUCAAUAGUAAUAACAAUAAUAAUUGUUUAUUCACAUUCAUUCGGAUUUACACACAUUAUACAAAAUCUUUAGAAAAAAAAGGAAAAUUUUAAAUAAAGAGUUACGACACAAAAAUGAACCUUAAAUUAAAUUUCCUAACAAUCAGUUACGGUCCACUAAAUAAAAAAAUGAUUCGUAGAAAAAUUCAAUCAUGCAGUAUAGCACAAGAACACUCAAUGUACGUGCAGUGCAUGGCAUAAAAUAUAUCAUACAUGUAGGUAUGUACAUAUAUGUGAAAUAUGUGUAUUCUUGGGUGUCUAUCAGUGCAAGCAAAGGUGCAGGUUUUCCUUUCAUAAUAAAUCCUUUUUCACGAUGAUGUCGCUAUAAUAUGGUUAUUAUUUUCAUGGUGCUCCACAGCUGAAUUGAUGGGGUAUUUGAUUGAAUUAAAGUGCCUGAAAUUGAGCUGCAUAUUUGCUGUGAUUUAUCAUAGUUCACAAGUCAUACACCAAUAGCUGAAUCAAUUUAUUUGAUUAUACUUCUUGCAUUCCAUCAAUAUUUCCGUGGAAAUUCUAUCCUAUUUGCUGAGGAAAUGUUGUGAUAUUGAUUGAAGAAUCUCCCAUAGAGCGUUUGUGUGUGUGUGUGGAAAGUCAUUGACUGCGUGGAAAAUUUUCUUGAGGAAUCUAAAAAUAUUAAUUUAUCACCCUAUUGAUUGAUUUAUACCAAAACCUAUAUAAUAUCUAUUUGGUGUCUUCACACAUAAUUCUCAAUCUGUGAUCUUUCUUUCAAGUGAUUUGAUGGUGGUUAAUUUUAGUUUUGUUUUUUGCAUCCAAAAUUGGAAGAUUUUUAUUUUUUCAAACUUCUUUUCUCUUUCCGGGAUUUUCCUUUAGAAACGGAUUAUUCUUUGUGAAAAAAAUUCUGCAAAAAUAUUGAUUGACAGAUAGUGGAGGGCUCAGCGCUUAUUUGCGAUUUGUUUGAGCUACCUUAAUUGAAUAUUCCCAAGUCUUGCAAGUUUUGCAUAUUUGAUUGCACAAAUCAUACUUAUGCUGCAUGAAUGUUGAAUUGCGAUUCAGCGUAUGGCGGGGGGUGGGUGGUAGGCAAGCAAGGGGUAGAUUGGGGUAUGAGAGAAAGAGAGGGUUAAAAAAAAAUCAGGGAGGGGCUUGAGAGCCUUGUGAAUGGAAGAACGUCGCGACGUUUAUCCAUUGUGAAAUCAAUCAAUAUAAUGCAGGAGGUAUAAAAGUCAUGAGAAAGCAGCAGCGAGGGAGCACAGAGGAAUGGAUUUUACCUCAAGGGGGUACUUUAGCAGAAGCUCAAUUGUUUCUUAAAGAUUUCAUUAGUAGGAGCUUUCAUCAGCCGCCGUGUUUAUCACUUUGGAUUUUCAAGUGGUUGGUGCAAUUUACAUCGUAAAUCCAUUUCAUUGCUGCAAUUAUGCUUGAAGUGGGUGAAUGAUGUUGAAUUUCUUUUUUUAGUUGGAUACACUUUCUUGGUUUAUUCAAUUACCAGACGAGCUACAGUUCUUAUUUAAACUUCAUCCCUCUCUAUCAUCAUAACCUUUAGCUUUCAUAGCUUUCGAGAUUCUUCCACUAAAUAAAUUAAUUCUUUUACAACUAGAGCCGCAUGUUGUUGUAAUGAAAUGAAAUGAGAAGUUUCAGAUAAAAAAUAGAGCUAAAAUUGCCCUAGUUUGUGGGGCGAUUUGAGUGAUAGUGGGAGGGAGAAUCUCCCCCCGAAAAAAAAGUCAUUCAUUUAAGAUUCAAUCAAUUGUGUUGGUUUAUUGAAAAAAAAAACCCACAAAACACUAUGCCUAAAUACUCCCCCUCGCGCCCUCAAAUGGGUCAAUUGAGUAAUGAGAUCAUUCUCCAAUUAUGCAAUCAUACGUCACUGAUACUGCCGCUGAGGUGUGCCGGUGAGAUUUUAUUCCAAUUUAUUUGGUGAAGCGAGAUGGUCCCUUAGCGACUGUUUUUGGCGCGACUAUUUUUAAAUUGAAUCCCACAUGGAAAAUGAAUGAAUUGUAUUUUCGGGGGUGUCCCCAUAAAUCGUUAUGGGGACAGCAUACAAGCACCGCGAUGCUAUUGUCUCACUCAUCCUAACCCUGGCGCCUCUGGGGUUUCCUUCCGCCACCCUCGUGCACCCCACAUAUACUCGUGCAGACAAUAUUUAGAGUGCGCCAAAGGGAGGAUGGAAGGGGCCAUAAGGGGGUGGAUGGCGGUGGGUUUUUUUUUACGAAAAAGUGCCAGGAGGAAAAAGCGAAUGAGUGAUUGUGUUGGCCGAAAAGCGAGGACUCUACUAUUUAAAUAUUUAUUUAAUAAACUGCGCGACUCAACCAUAUAUUCAUAGCAUUUCAUGAGCUUAAAGGCAAAUGUAUAUGAGGCACAAUGUGCUUUGACUCCCACACCAAACAAACUGUCCAGAACUCUCGGUUUUUUUUUGUGUGUCUGUGUCUCCUGUCCGCACACCCUCAAUAUAUACAACAAGCCACAUCAUCGAUGGCCGGAGAAUUACCGGAAAGUGUUGGGGCUACCGGACCCCGGACAAAUUUCACUGGUGCUACAUCACACGCGGCAAAAUUGAAUGUUUGCGGCUCCGGCUGCGGCAUGAACGCUUGUGUGGCGACACAUGGCUAAAAGGACUCCCAAAAAGGACAAAACAUUGAUGAUUUGCUGUUGCUCGUCAUUGGCUCCAACGCCUGGCUAAUUUCAAUGCUGUUUUUAUGCUUCUACAAGAAGAAAUAAACAGUAAAAGAACACAAUUUUUUGUUACUUUUAGUUCUCUGAAGGUUUUCUAACGUUUUUAUGUGAAAAUUCCUGAUAGAGAAUUUAUGAGAAAAAUUUUAAUUAAAAAAAAUGUGUUAAUAAAUUUUUUAAAUUCAUUUCACUGCACUUUAUAGCUCUUACAAUUAAAAAAAAAUUAUUUUUCGUCUGCAUCACGCCCGUAUUUUAAGCAUAAAAUGAAAGCAUAUAAAUAAUAUAACAGCACAAUACAAUCAAAAUGAAUUGAGGAAAAAAUCACAAUACUUUUCCAAGAAAUUAAAAAAUGCUCCAGGGAAAGUUUUUGUUAAUCCUUCCAAAAAAAAAAAGAAUUCAUUGUGAGUGCAAAAAUUAAUUUUUUCACUGAGAAUAGUCUGUGACAAAAAGAGCCGAAAUUUCCCUAUGGGUGGUGUGCAAGCGGAAGGAAGUUGCAUUGCAUUGAAUUUCCAAAAAUUUCAACAAAAAAACUCGUGAAUGAUUCUUCAUUAAAAUUUCAUGUGAUUUCCGCAUACACCCCCCGAUAGAGCGGAAAAUACUGUAAAAUGCAUUUUGGCAGAAUUUUCGUAAUUACUUUUAAAUAUUUGAGGGAUGUUCUGCAGAAUGGCAUUGCUCAAUAAUUCUAUGUGGAUCCCUCAAUUUCCCAAUUACUUUAAAUCGAUCUUAGCAGAAAUGAUUUUCACAUUAUAAUUGACAUCUACAGCAGGGCGGGGGGUUGAUUAAUAAAUUGUUUGUCGUUUGGGGGUAUAUACAGAAUACAUUCAACCCUGACGUGAUACCCGUUAAUCACUUAACUGACCUCCAAAAUUUGUGACUCUAUAUGGUUAAAGAUUGAGAAUAUAUAGCAGAGGGUAUAACUUCCAAUGGCAUUCCCGUGUGUCUCUCAGGGUGGUGAAAAUUCAAGGAGCUUUCUGUGCGAUGAAGCUUAACUGUGUAUACAUAGCGGAGUUUCUCUCUUUCAUACCUACCAGCAUACAUAUAGAGUUUUUGGUGACUCACGGGAGAGGGUGGAAAAUUUGUAUUUUCUUAUAUUCACCUCAGAAUCAAAAAAAAAUGUCCGUUAGAUGCACAUUGUGUGGGAAAUGUAGAAGAGGAUUUUUCUCGCAAUUCGCACUUAUGGUUUUCUCACUCAAUCUGUGUGAGGGUGUGUUUGUUGGGUCAUGCGCAUCGUGGUGCUAAAACGACGCCUGUAUUGGAUUUUCCAAUAUACUGGGUUGGUUUUUCCAUAAAUUCGCCACUGUAUUCACCGCGAGUGAGAUGGCAGUGUAAUUUCCAUCGCAGCUAAGUGGCACUGUUGAGGGUGUCUGAAGAAGAUAGCAGGAAGUAUGUGUACAUAGUACCAUACUACCACACACGUAGUAUCUCAUUUUAGCCCGGUUGAGUGUUUCCGUGAAAAUUCUCCUCAUCAAAGAAGUGGGUAAAGUGACGGAGAGUGAAAAGCUUUUUGGGCGGCUCCAGAAGUUGGAGAUAGAAAAUUUCACCUGGUGUUAACUUUUACCGUGUCCCUGGUCACGCUAUUAACACCCCUAAAGUUCUUUUCAAUUUUCCCCCCAAAGAGUUCUGAAGGGAAAAAUCGAAUAAUUCUCCUUUAGUGACUGUACCAAAUGGGCGUGAAGAAGAAUCCUGGAAGUGUCAGGAUUUAGAAUUUUUCUUCAUGAAAAAUCUGUGGAGCUGCUGGUGAAAAACUCUCUGAGAAAACCGUUAGAUAAAUAAAAUAAAUUUUGUGAAAAUUGCUGUGAAGAAAAGUGUGGAAAUUGUAUGGAAAUAAUUGCAAUUUCUCCCAAAUGAAAAACGAAUCCUCAUCCAUAGAGUCAUGGAAAAUCCUGCGAAAGGCGCGGUUGUCGUCAUGAUGGUGUGACUCAACCACUGUGGCAAGUUUAACGCAACUCUGUGCACAAAUACACGCAAGUUUGUUGGAAAAUUCAUUGGAAAAGUGGUUUGGAAAAGUCAUAUAUGUGUGUAUAAAUAAGUACCACACACUGGAAUUGGAUAGAACCUCAUCCACAAAUAAAUUUUCCCAAAUAGAAAGAAGGGGUGUGAGGAAAAGUUUGUGCGAAUGUUGGUGUGAAUUUGUGGAAAACGUCGUAUCACACUGUGUAUGUGUGUGUGUGGUGGAAAGGAAAAGAGGAAAAUGGCGGAAAGUCCAGUGAAAAUUUCACGUUCACACGUAAAUUUCAUUUGAUUUGUGACUAAAGGACAAGGGUAGAAAAUGUGUAAAUUGAAAGGUUGCUAAAUGUGGGUGUUUUGCAAAAGAAUUUCGCUGGAUUAAAGUGCAUUGAAUUGAAGAUUUACGCGACGUGUGGUUGGUGAAAAGUUGUGCCCGAGGGAACAAGAAGAAAAAAAAGGCUAAAAGAAGUGGAAGAAAAAAAAAACGAAUGAUAAAACGAGGUGGAAAAUUCACGUAAAUUUUCUAAGGGUGUGUGUACGAGAAAAGUGGAUUAAAAAGCAUUUUUUUCGGGCUAAAGGAAAAGAUUUGCUCAAGUGUUCAAGUGAGAAAUUAUUGUAUAAGAAGGAGGGCACUCUUGGAAGAAAUUGUGCGGUUUAGUGGUUAGAUUGAAGUGCGCCAGGAGACAUAGAAAUUUGAACGAAGAAAAGGAAUAAAAAAACGAAGAGAAAAAUUCUCUUCAGUUUUUCAUUUGAGCCCGGAGAAAAUCGUUGCACUGGGUUUUUAUAAUUUAUUUUUUCUACACUAUCACGGACUUUCGGCCAAAUUAAUUUUGGCCGAAAACCCAACAAAUUCGCCAAGACGUUCUGUAUCGAGGCAAUUCGAACGAUGGGGUGUGCACAAUCAGCUGAAGAGCGCGCAGCAGCCGCGCGAAGUCGGUUAAUUGAACGCAACCUCAAGGAAGAUGGAAUUCAAGCGGCUAAAGAUAUCAAACUCCUACUACUCGGGGCUGGCGAAUCAGGAAAAAGUACAAUCGUUAAACAGAUGAAAAUUAUUCACGAAAGUGGCUUCACGUCUGAAGACUUCAAACAGUAUCGACCAGUCGUGUACAGCAACACAAUACAAUCACUAGUUGCAAUUUUAAGGGCGAUGCCCAAUUUAAAUAUUCAGUAUGGCAACAAUGAGCGGGAGAGUGAUGCAAAGAUGGUAUUUGAUGUAGUCCAAAGGAUGCACGAUACGGAACCCUUCUCAGAAGACCUGUUAGCGGCUAUGAAAAGACUGUGGCAAGAUUCUGGUGUACAAGAGUGUUUCUCAAGAAGCAACGAAUAUCAAUUGAACGAUUCCGCUAAAUAUUUCUUGGAUGACUUGGACAGAUUGGGCGCUAAAGAUUAUCAACCGACAGAGCAAGACAUCCUCCGGACUAGGGUUAAAACCACCGGUAUAGUCGAAGUUCACUUUUCAUUCAAAAACUUAAAUUUCAAAUUAUUCGAUGUGGGCGGACAGAGGUCGGAGCGAAAGAAGUGGAUUCACUGUUUCGAGGAUGUUACUGCAAUCAUCUUCUGUGUAGCCAUGUCGGAGUACGAUCAAGUGCUGCACGAGGAUGAGACUACGAACCGUAUGCAAGAAUCACUAAAAUUAUUCGAUUCAAUCUGCAAUAAUAAGUGGUUCACGGAUACAUCAAUUAUCUUGUUCUUGAACAAGAAGGAUCUGUUCGAGGAGAAGAUUCGUAAGAGCCCAUUGACAAUCUGUUUCCCCGAGUACACAGGUGGACAAGAAUAUGGUGAGGCUGCAGCAUAUAUUCAAGCACAAUUCGAGGCUAAAAAUAAAUCAACAUCAAAGGAGAUCUACUGUCAUAUGACGUGUGCCACGGAUACGAACAAUAUACAAUUUGUGUUUGAUGCAGUCACUGACGUUAUCAUAGCGAACAACCUUAGGGGCUGUGGUCUCUAUUAAAUUUAAUGAAGAAGUAUAAAAAAAAAACUAUUUAAACGACUCUAGAGAAUAAAUUAGAAAAGAAGAGAAAGAAAGAAAACACUACAUAAUUCAACAACACAGACACAACAUGAAAUCAACACACAAAAAAGAAGUCAAACACAAUGAGAAUGGGGAGGUAAAACACAUAAAAGAAACAUUUAACAUUAAAGAAAAUUAAUUAAUUAUUAAAAAAAACUAAAGAUGAAAAAAAGAUACAUAUUUAAAACAAACAAAAAAUGCAUAGGAAGGAUGAAAAUGAUGAUGAAGAAAUAAUUAAAAAUUCUUCAUGGUAAAUGAAUUAGAGUGUACUAACUAGUUAAAAAAAAAAAACAAAAAUUCUAGAAAAAAAGUUUAUUCAAGAAUUGGGAUGAAAAUCUUAUAGCGAAAAAAAUGAAUAUAGUGCAGUGAACUAAAAGGAAAAAAAAAGUAAAGGAAGGCGUCAAAAAUGUUAAAGAAAAAAUUGAGAAUCAGAAAGUCUAUUACAAAUAGAAAAGAUUUUUUUUUGUUUAACAUCAAUUGGAAAAUUUUUAAUUUUAUCAAACACUCAGAAACAAAAAGAAUUUUUAGCCAAUGAUUCUAAAAAACGCGAUAGUUUUUUUUUUAAUUUUUAACUUAAAUUCUUCUUAGGGGAAGCAAAACUCACAUCUUUUAUUUAUUUCUAACAUUCCUAUUUUAAACAUUGCAUUUUUUAUUUAUUAUUUAUUUUGUGUAUAGAGCAAUGAAAUGAAUUGUGGGUGGAAAAGUCAAAAUGUUUUAUUGGAGGUGUGACGAUAGAAGCAUUUUCAACUAAAUGGUAGCAAAAAAAAAGGAAAAAUAAACCAAUAGGAAUCACAGUUCGGUAGAUAAAACCAUUUAUAAAAAAAAGAAGAAAUUAUUACCUCAGCGAGAGAUUUAAAAGAAAUAUUUUUUAUUGUACAUAAUAUUUUAACACACUGACUAUUUAUUGUCUAAACUAAUAAUUAAUCUUUUUCUACUUCUGUCGCCAUAACAGAGAUUUAUUUUCAAGCAGAUUUUUUUUUACUAAACAACUUACAACCUCACUUUUACUUACUUUUUGAAUAUUAUUUUUCCUAUUAUCCCUGUACGUAAUUCUUAAUGCAUUUUUUUCGUCUCAAAAGAACUAACAAAAAAAUUAGCUUUAUUUUUUUAUUAUUUGCACAAAACUCGUAACAUGCAUAAAUGAAAAGUUAUUAGAAAAUAUUUUUAAAAAAAAUGUAUUUAAAGAGAAAAUUAGAAGAAAAACAUAUAGGUAAAAUAGUCGAAAAAUUUCCCAAAUUUUCAUGAAACUUCAGCACAAAAAAGCAUAUUAAUUUUAUUUGUUAAAAAAAUUUAUUUAUUUUACUUUCUUAAAUUAAUCCAUCGUGAGAAUAGUUUAAAAAAAUAAAUUUUGUGCCAAUAAAUGUUAUUUGAGGGUAAAAAAAAAGAACGUUUAACACGGGAGAAAGAACGAGCUCAUCUAAUUAACAUUAAAAGAAGAAGAAGAGAAAAAUGAUAAAAGAGUAGAGAAAAUAGUUUAGUUUAUUGCAAAAAAAAAGUACAUAAAUAACUUAAUUGAAGGUGAGGAAAAAAAGGAUAAAAUAUUUAUAUUUAGAAAUAUCUAUUUAAAAGGAAAACAAAAAAACAUAAAAUACCAAAAUUAUUAUUUCAAUAUUCUCAAUUCAAACUAAAAGAAAAACUUCUGAAUGAAUAAGAGCAAGAACGAUGUAUUGAAAUAACAUGAUAAAUUGAACCAAAAAAAAAGAAAAACGUGAAAAGGAUUAAUUUUAAUGGAGCAAAAUAAUGAUGGAAAUACUGACCAAAUUGUGUUUUGAGGAAAACCAUAUAUUAGCGUAUUUUUGUAUACUUAAAAUGAAAAGAAUAAGUAAAUAAAAAAUAAAGUAUAAAAAAUGGAUAAAUAAACACUGAAAAACACAUAAAAAAUAGACUUACAACAGAAAUUAAAAAAACCUUAAAGAAAACUUAUUCGAAAUGUCGGAAAGUAACAAAAAGAAAUUUCAUUGUUCACACAAAAGAAAGAAAAAACACACAAUUCCUUAUUAUUUUUCUAUACCGAAUUAAUAUCCCAUAAAGUAUAUUUUCUCUAAGGUAGUCAAAUGGAAAAAAACGGGAAAUUACUGAUUGUAGAUGAAAAAGAAAAAAAAUAGAAGUCUAUCGUAAUAAAGGGAAUAUUUAUCAUUGUGCGUACGGUGAGAUAGUUUAUUAUUUUUGACUAUUUUUGUCAAUUUAACAAAAAAGAUGGCGUUGCAAUAGGGAGCAAUAUUGUGACCUUAGCGGUCCCCUUGGUGGUGUGUCUUAAAUAAAAGUAAUCAAACUUUGCCGAAUCGUCGCUUGUUUUCGAUGAAGAUCGAGAAUUUCUUUCAGGUUCAAUUUUAAAAAUAUUUUAUAAAUUAUUUCUGGAUUUUUAGGUUUGUUUCCAAUUUUUUUAUUCUUUUUUUUUAGGAUCUUAAAAAUUGGUCAAGCCAUUUUUGAGAACUUUGAAAGCAUCGGACAAUUCUAGUUAAAAAGAAAUUCGCCAUAAUUUACUAAAUUACUGUGAAAGUUUUAUUGAGAAAUAUUAACGGCAAUGGUAUUUGUGAAUGAAGAAUUUUCUCAGAAAAGCGGUCAAAAGGGCAAGAGAAACGCAACGUUUUUUUUGCAAUCAGCGACGUUUGGAAUAAUUUAUAAUUCUUCUUCAGGCUCUAAGAAUACAUAAUUACACGUAAGAUUUAUCAUAAAAGAGCUUAAAGAAGAACAUUAAUUAUUCGAAACGUCGCUGAUUGCAAAAAACGUUGCGUUUUGUCUGCGAUCUCCAGAUAUUUAAUAAACUUCAAUUCAGUACCACAGUGGCGAUGAGAAGAAGCUCUAGCCAAGACAUACACCAAAAAUUUCACAUUUGCUCCCUAUUUCACAGCUCCACAACAUUAAAACGCUCAUAAUUUUUGCACAAAAUGCCAUAUAUAUUUUUAGAAUUUAUGUAUAUUUUCCUGUCUCUAUAAAGUAUUUUAUAAAUUUAAUAAAAGAGAAAAUAGUAAAAACCUAACAAUGAGGUUAAAAAGAAGAUGAAAAUCGUUAAAAACUAAAAAUGACGUCUAGGUAAAAAAAAAAACUACCAAUAUAUAAAUUAAACAAAUUGUAAUGUUAAAAUGCGCGCGCAGAAAACAGGAGGAUUAAAGUAACAAAAAAAAGUGUUUUGAAUUUGGAAGUGAGAGAAUGUUAAAUUGGGAAAAAUUCGUUGAAAAAUGCUGUUGUUACAUUCUUUUUAUUACUAACAAAAUUUUCUUUCUUUUUGUAUUAAUUUGUUUUUCUUUCAUUCUUAAAGAAAUCUUUUAUUUUUGUAUUUUUAGGGAAGGGUUGUAGAUUGAUUGAGGGGGGUGAAAGAGAGAUGGAUUAAAAAAAAUCAGGUUUGAACGAAAUGAAAAAUUAACUGCCUAAAUGUAGUCACAUUCACUGCCUUCAACAGUUUUUCCCAAUGAAAUGAAAUUUUUUUCUUUUUAAAAUGAAAAAAAUAAAUAAAACCUCUGACGGAACAUCGCAAUUUUCAAAUUCUUCUUUAUUUCCACAAAAUAUUUAACAAAAAGAAAACCUUUUAAUUUGAAAAUUUAAUUGAUGCAUAAAUUACCAAAAAUUCGUGUAGUUGAAAGAAUAAAAAAAAACAACAAAAAAGAGUUAUGUAGUGAAUGAAUAAACAAAAGUGAAGAAAAAAAAACAUUCAGUAAAGAACAAAACAAAAAGCAUUCUAAUUAAUUCUUAAAUUACACACACAUACACAAUUGGAGACCAAAGAUUUGUAAUAAAUAUAAAUGGGAAGAAAAAACCUACAUUGCAUAAAAAAUAUUAUAUAGUAAAAAAAAUAAAGAAGAUAAUGUAAAAAAUUUUUGAUAACGAACUAAGUCAGUUUUAUCGAAAUUUUUCGUACAUAUUUAGUUUAUUUCUCUGGGGGUAAAUUCUCAAGUGAAACACUGCGUUUCUCCAUUGUUUUCCUCCAACUUUUCAAUGAGAAGAAAAGUCGAUAAAAACUAUGGAAAAGCGCAGCAUUUCAAUUGAGAAUUCAUCCCCUAAUGUAGGAUUUUUCAAAACAAACAAAAAAAAACCCUAGAAAAGAAUCCUUCUUAAAAAACGUAUUCAGGUUCACAAAAAAAAAGUUUUUCCUUUAACAAAUAAAGUGAAAACAAAAAAAAGAAAGAAAAGUUUUCUAUAUUGAUAAAAUUCACUUGAAACAUUCUCUCGAAAUGUUAUCUAAUUUAUUUCCAAGAAAGCGAGUGAAAACAUGAAAUAUAUCUUCUACUAAUGUUGAAAAUAACAACAAAAAACUAUAAUCUAGUCAUUAAAAUAAAAUGAAAAAAAGAAUUAAUUAAGAAACACAUUACAAAAAAAUGAAGCAAAUUUUAUAUAAAAAAAAAACAUCAUCCUUCAUUUUUGAACAAAAAAAAACUUACCAAUUUCUCAAUUUUAAACACUUUUUUAAAAAGAAAAAAAUCAAUAGUUAUUUAGGGUGAAAUAUUAAUAAAACUUUCUUAAAAAAUUCCUUUUUUUAAGUUCCAUAAAAAAAUAAAUUAUAAUGAGAAAACAUUAACUGCAAAAAAACUAGAUUAAAAAAAUAUUCAAAUAACUAGAAUGAUGAAUAUUAUAUGGAAGAAAAAAAAGAAUUAAAAAAAUCUUUGCUCUUUUUGUACAAAAUAAAAAAAACAUAUAUAAGCGCAUUGUUGUUAUAUACAUAAAAAAAAUUAUUAAAUUACAAAUUAAUAUACCAAGAAAAAAAAUUAAUUGAAUUCUAUAUAUACACAUUACUUAAGUAAAAAAAAAUAUGAGAACAUUAGAAGUAACAAAAAAAAAUCUAUAAAUGAAAAAUAUAUAGUAAGAGAAAAUGAGAGAAUAAAAAAAACAGAAAAAAAUCUGUGAAAGUUUCAUAAGAAUUUAUAGGUUUUGUGGUAAAAAAAAUAUAACAAGAUUAAAAAAAAAGUAAUGCAGAUUUAUUAGUAAAAAAAAUCAAUCGAGAACUUUGAACACACACACAUAAAAUCCACAUAAACGAAAAUGAAAAGAAAAAAAUAAACACUUUCAUUGCAUAAAUUACAUUAAUGUCCUCUCAGUAUGAUAGAGUAAGAAGAUGCAUUGAAACUUUUUUUUUUUGAUUUUCAGAACAAAUAAUUACCUAAUAUUACCUACCUUAACACAAGAAAUAGCGCAAGAACCAGAAGUGGAAGAAAAUAGCGAAUGACAUGAUAAAGAAAAAAAACAUUCAAGUAAUAUUAUAUAUCAUUAGUUACGGAGAAAAGAUGUAUAAAAAAAGAAGAAGAAUAAUCUCUUCUAAAAGAUAAGAAAUGAGACCAAAAAUAUGUCUUCAAGCUGUUUUUUGCUGGCUUUUUUUACUAUCUAUUUUGUCAUUUUAAAUCUGAAAAGAAUGCUUUUUAAUGCUUUAUACACAAAGUUCAAACGAUUAAUCUCAUACUUCGCUCAAAGAAAUAUUUUGAGUUUCAAUUUGACAUUAUUUCAAUGCGUUGACGUGAGUUGCUGAGUUGACAGCUGUCUCUGUCAAAAAGCUUGAUGUUUGAUCAAAAAAUCAUUGGAUUUCUCUAUUUAAGAAUAUUUGAAAGCUAAGUUCUGGUCACAAUUCAAAAAAUUCUUUCAGAAAAAUUCGUUGAAAAAUGAAUCCUAAAAAUCAGACAAGGGGUGACAUUAACCCAUAUUAACAGCAGGCACUGUCAGAAUGCUUAACGUUUGAAAUUUCUAGAAUUGAAAAUUCAUUAAAAAAUCAAUAAAGACGAAUUUUGCUUUAGGGCUUGAAAACUACAUAUUUCAAAUGUUUGUCAAAAAUCUGGAGAAUUGAUUUUUUUUAAAUUUAACCCUUUAAGGACCUAUGAAAAGGACGAAAAACUAAAAAUUAAGAAAUCUUAAAAGAUCCCUUAUGGUCCUUAAGGGGUUAAAAACCACAAAUUCCAGAAUAACUUCAAAUUUGAGAAAUUCCAUUUCAAAAAUGAGACUCAAUGUGCUAGUCAACGCAACUCUUGUUCCCGCAAGCUAAAUUAAAUUUAUUUCAGCGCAAAAAAAUCUUUUAAAAAAAUCCUUCUGUGGGUUUAAUUUUGGUUUUUGCAUACAAGGAAAAAAUGGUAAUAAUAACCUAAAAUAUUUAGAUGCAGUUGAGUAAAAGUGAAAAAUAAUUUUUAAUUGCAAUCUAACGAUAGUAAAAAUGAGAAAAUGAAAAAGUAAAUCUAUUAAAAUUAAACGUAAAAAAAAGGUGAAGUAAACAGAGGUUAUGUAAUAUCUAACUAACUAUUAGAUAAGGUUUUAUAAUGUUCGUAGGAAGGGAUGUGCAAAAAAAUGAGUCCAGCCAAUUGCGGUGAAGAGAACGCGAGGAUACGGCGAAAACCACAAAAUGGCAAUAGAAGCAAAAAAAAAAAAGAUUAAAGAAAACAAAUCCAAAAAAAAAUCUCUUUUACGCGUGAUGGCUUAAAAUCCAGCGAUAAUUUUUGAAAAAAAAAAUACAAAAAGGAAAUUAAAAAAAAAAAAAAGAGAGAAAAUAACCCCAGAAUGGAGCAAUGCGAACAAGAGAGAAGAAAAUCAAAGUCCUUUUCAUGCGUGUUGGACUCAUACAUAGUACGCAUAUAAUAUGCUAAUAAUUAUUAUUAAAAAAAAAGUGAAGAAAACCAAAAGAAAAAAAUGAAUAUUAAUACUGAAAAUUAUACAAAAAAAAGAUGAAAAGUGUAUUUAAAAUUGAGAAAUUUAUUAUUUUCUUUUAAAAUUUGCAGAGAGGCUUUAUUCUCAUUUUCUCUUCAAACAAUUAAUUACAAGUUAGUAAAGAAAAAUUAAAAAAAAAGAAAACUCAUACUAACCCUAAAACAUUUUACAAAAUCGAUGAAAAAUAAUUUUAUUACUUUUCUUUUGAAAUUAUCCUUUAAAAAGAAAUCACUACAAAUUAAAAGAAGAAAAAUAGGUUGAAAAAUUAAUUGAAUGAAAAAAAUAAAUAAAACAAAUGGAAGAAUAGCGUCGUUCUUAUUGUAAACGCAAUGUAAAUUUAUUGAUAAAGGAUAAAAAAAAAUGAAGAAAAAAUAUAGUAAGAAAAAAUAUCACACCAUCGUAUAUAAAUCAUAAUCUACAUGAAAUAAAGAAAAAAAACCUUUAUAUUUAAAAGAAAAAAUAAUCAAAAGCUAAAAAAAAAUUCUACACACAUCUUUUAUUGAGGAAGAGACAUUGAGUAGGAACAUUUACAUCAAAAAAACAUUACACGAGACACAUUAAAUAAAAUGAAAAAUAAAGCAUUUGUAUAUCGUCUGUCAGAGAUUCUUAAUUUGCAUUGAAAAAGUCUUUUAGUAAAGGAAAAAAGAAACAUUAAAUGGAAGUAAGAAAAGCAUUUAUUUAAAAAAUUAUAUUAAAUAAAAUGAAAACUAGUGAAAGAUGCUGAAAAGUGUGAAAAACAAACAAAAAAACAAACAAAAAAAAUAAAGCAUUAAAAACAUACAAAAAAAGAAACCAUCUAAACAAGAAAAUCGCAGUAAAGAAAAAAAAUAUUGUAAAGAGAAUGAAAAGAUAAAUUAAAAAGUAAAUAAAAAAUUAAUGAUAAUCAUGAAGAGAAAAAGAAAUAAUAAAAAAACACCAAAUAAAAAAAUAGUGAAAAAAUAAGUGAAGAACAAACCAACAGAGAGAAAAACAUCAAGAAGCUUUUUAUAUAAUCAUUAGAGAGAAAAAAAAACAAAUAUUAUACGAAAAGCUAAAGAAAAAAAAAAGAAGAAUAAGGUGAAAACUAUAAGAUGAAAACAACUAAUAUAAAGCAUUACAUAAGGGUUAAAUUUAAACAAAAAAAAAGGAUGAUGAGAAAAUAAUAAAAGGAAAACACUUAAAAACAAUUUGAAAUAAUUAUAAUAAUGAUAAUAUUAUAUUUAAAAAAAAAAACAACUUAAUGUGUAUGUCAUUUUAUGUGUGAUGUAAAAAUCGGAAAUAAAAGCGUUUUAGCCACUAUAUAAAAAAAUAA